AUGCCUAGCCAAAACACAGACCCUUCGGGGUACGAUACGAGUGAGGAGCUUAAAUUGGCCCCUGACAUGGCGCAAUCUCCGCUCGUGCUCGGGAAGGCGCAAGGUAGCUUCUUCGACGCAGAUGAUGUCGCACCUGAGUUCCUCGAUGAAAAUGGAAAAGAGGUGAGCGCGAGCGCAAUAUGAGCAUCCUCCUGCACUGCUUCUGAAGGGAGAGGCGAUUGCUCGCUGGCAGGUGUGAUAGACGAGGUUUUCGCUGACCUGGUCUCACUUGUGCUGUUCUUGUCGGCGGUGGAUCUUCAUUCGAUUUCAGAGGCCCAUUGAAACCGCGCUAGACUUCUCAACUCGGUAAGGGGUGACGCCAGCUCUCGCCUUCGAGGUCCAGUGACCCGUCACGCGUCACAUCCGGCCAGCAACUCACGGCCGCUCAUACUCGUUUCUCGCCAGUCUGAUGUCCCUCGAUGAUGAUCCGUCUCUGCAAGUCCACACCGUCCGUAUGUGGACCAUCGGCCUCGGUCUCACUUGCUGUGAGUCUUCGUAGUCAUACCCGUGUGGUCCCUCCCUUCAUCUCGCUAAGAUGAUGUAUCAAAUCGUGAAAAGUCGGUGCGGCUUUGGGCCAGAUCUUCUAUUUCCGACCCCAGACCUACGGCGUAUCGAGCUUGUUCCGUACGUCAGCCAGCGUCAGCCUGGGGUAAGACUUACAUGGCUGACCGUCAAAUUGAAUGGCUCGCUGGCAGUUCAAAUCAUUGCCUACAGUACGUUCGAGUCGAGGGACCCCUGACCCGAGGUUUCGCCUGACGAUGCAGGGAGACCGACCCGCCACAGUAAUGGGUAACGCGUGGCACCAGGUCCUUCCCAGGGCCGCCAAGGGUCACUUUUGGGCCGCUCUUAACCCCGGACCUUUCAAUAUCAAAGAGCACGUCUGCAUCACGGUGAUGUCUUCGACUGGUAGCGGCGGCGCACUCGCGAUUUCGACUCUCGCGGCCGAAAGGCUAUACUGUGAGGCAGGAGGUCACAGUGAGGUUAUGAUGGGACUGCUGAUAUCUCUCUGGCCGUAGACAAUAUCGACCUGAAUUACGGUAUUGCCAUCUCAAUUAUCAUGGGUGCGUCAAAAGCGAUUUGAUGGGCCCCAGAUGUCGUCGACUGACUUGAAACGGCUCCUAUCACUAGCCUCGCAAUUCUUUGGUUACGGCCUUGGAGGCCUCUGUCGCUCGAUCGCGGUCUAUCCCACAUACGCACUUUGGCCCAAUCUUAUCCCUACAGUCAAUCUGUUUGAUACACUUCAGUAGGUACCACCCUGUUCGAUCUUGUCCCGGGUCCUGUGAUAGAAUGGCGAACGGAAGGCAGGUUGGUGUUGACAGCAGGGCUUGACCCCUCUUGGCAGUCGGAACAAAGAUGGCAACGUAAACAUACGCCGGUACAAACUUUUUUGGAUCGUGAGUAUCUGUCAAACUCUUCCCUGUUGCACUACAAGCUGAUCAUGGUCGCGCGGAUCCAUCGCGAGGGCAGGCAUUCGCCACGAUCUUCGUCUGGGAAUGGUUUCCCGAGAUCAUCGCCCCGACCUUGACAGGCAUCAGUGUGUUCUGGUGCGUCCUGGUGUAUUAAAUUACGAGAAUAAAGAUGUCAUGAAUACGCUUUGACGCGAUAUCGGCAUAUUCAGUCUUUCAAACCGCACAAGUCGCACCUUUACGCGCAUCUUCGGGGGGACGAACGGAAACGAAGGUCUCGGCUUGUUCUCGAUCGGGCUUGACUGGCUACAGAUUGGCUCGUGUGAGCGUGAUCCUUGAUAUUCCGAUAAUGCGCAUACAGCCUGUUGAGAAUCACUGACGCUUCGUCCAAUCGUUCCUGCUUGCAGCGUCCUUGUCCACGCCACUCGCUUCGAUGAUCUCGAACGGAAUAGGAGUAGUGUUGUGCAUCGUCAUCUCGCUGGCGGGAUAGUGAGCAUGCAACUCGAUAUGGUUUUGACCAAAUACACUCACCCCGUCAAAUUCACUCAUCCAUUACACACCAUUAAUCACUGCACAGCUACGGCAACAUCUGGGACGCAAAGAAUUACCCUUUCCUCGGGCAAGCCCUGUUCUAUGAGGUGAGUCAAGUGUGGCACCCACUCCCUUGAUACCGUUCGCGUUUGCCCGUCGAUCUCAUUUCUUCUUCCCUGUUGCGGCAGAACGGUUCUAUCUACGACCAACAAGCGAUCCUCGAUUCCCACUACAACCUCAAUAAGACGGCUUUGGCCGAGCAAGGUUGGCGCACUCGUUGUGGCUUCAUGCAGUGGAAUCAAUCUACAGAAGCGCUACGACCUGGAACUGAUGCUUCGAUCAGAUGGAUGCUUCGAUUAGCUGGACGCUUCAAUCAACUGACCUUGUGGUUACACGAUCGCAGGUAUUCCCUCUUACACGUGGACAAAUGCGGGUAAGCACCGAUAGCAGGUGUGCGAUAUCCAUCGCCACCGCACAUGAGCCGACGCAUCUCUCACUCGCAUCUUCCCAGUCUAUAUAUUUGGGAUCAACCUCGGUACUAGCGCAUCUUUUAUGCAUGUUUUCCUGUGCGUAAAUUGACCCGAUAUGUGGGUGCUACAAGAUAUAAACCUGACCGAGCGAGCACUGCACCGCAGCUGGUACCGCCAAGACAUGAAGAAGGCCUUUCGCAAGUGGCAGACGAGGACGCAAGAUGACCCGCACUACCUCAAGAUGUUGGCGUGUUCGUCACCAUUCCGAGAAGAGGCUCGGCUCCCAGAACCUGAACUGAUCGCGACCCCCGGCUCGACGCAGAUCCCGAGUGUGGGAUGCUCAUUUACGCCGGCGUGUCCGCAGCCGGGUUCGUGAUGGCCCUUGCGACCCUUUAUGCAGCUCACUCGGGUAUGCCCUGGUACGCGCUCGUGAUCGGAUGCCUCUACGCCGCUAUCGAGCUACCGAGUGAGCUCUGGCGAUACAACGUCGCAACUCUAGCCGAAGCUGACGGCGCGAUUUCUGGUUACUGCCACUGCAGUCGAUUGCGUCAUAUCCUCAAUCACCGGUAGCGGAGUAGUCGGCUCCAACAUGGCGCGAAUGUCAGUAGACAAAUUAAUCUAGAUCCCAGUCCCGCUGUAGCAGCUGACUCAAUGUCACCCACCUCAACAGCCUGGGCGCAGCUUUGGUACCGGGCAACGCUCGCGCGAGUCUGUACUUCCAGGUGAGCCAUACGACACUCAGGAGGACUUGCUUCCUUCGACUGAGAGUGAAUUCAUCAGAUCUACAGCAGCAACAGUGUUGCGCAAGGGGCUGGGAUGGUCGCAGAUCUCAAGGUGAGCCUCAUCUCGGACUCGGAGUGCGUCGCCUCAAAUCCAUGGUUUGACCCCUAUCUCGUUCAAAUGGCUACAGCUGGGCCAAGUGAGUGGCCUUCAUCUUAAAUCGGGGUCAAAUUAAUAUGCUGAGCCCUUGUCACGACUGCCAUCUGAGUAGUACACCAAAGUUGGUCUUAAAGGAGGGCGACGGCUCGGGUUCAACACGCUGAUCUGACUCCCCCCGACCCUCACACAGGUGCCGCCGCGUGCAAUGUUUGUAAGUCUCCUAUGCACGUCAAUCAGUCUCCUAAGCGAGAGAGCAAAACUGAGUGUUCCCUCUGACAGAUCGUCCAAUCCGCCGGCACGAUUGCUGGAUCGAUUCUGAGUCUCGUCGUCGUGAGUGGAGAGCCUCGUUCGUAGUCACUCUAAGCGCGCGUGGAGCUAAAGGGAGCAUAUCUUCUCAGAUGAACUCCAUCAUCGACUCUCAUCGCGAGAUACUGUUGAGCGUUGAAGGAUCAAAUCUAUGGUCGGGGAAUAUCGUCCAGUCCUUCAAUUCCGAUGUACGUCAACGUCCGGGAAGAUUAGUUUUACAACUCUGUGAAUAGGGAUGAGCUGACUUAGAAGUGAUAACACUCCUAGGCUGUGACGUGAGUUCUGACCGCCUCUUAUCGUGGAACCAAGAUGUUUUGGCUCAUGUACCUAUUCCCUUGCUCAAAGCUGGGGUGCAUUGGGAACAGAAAUGGUGAGUUAGGGCGCCAUGUCUACGUCUCAGAAUACUGAUCCGACGAGCAUGUUCUACACCGCAGUGGGGUCCUCGUAGGUGUUCGGGGCCAUUUCUCAGACCGUUAUUCGCAUGAUCUCAGGCGUGAUCUGUCCUAUUACCCCACUUACAGAUAGCAAAUACUUCAUCGUGCCACUUGGACUAGGUAUGACGGGCAGCGUUCUUUACCGCCCAAAAAUAAUUGAGUUUCCUGACACGUCCCGUCGCCGAUCUUCAGUCAUCGGCCUCUUCAUCCCGAUCCCUGUCUGGUUGGGUCACAAAUGUUUCCCUAAACUCCACCUCGACCAAGUAGUCACGCCCAUCAUCUGCUUCUCCCUCGGCUACCUCUCCGUGCGUAGCCCCAUACCGUCGUGACCCCGCAAAGGGCAUGUCGCAGGGCGCUGACUCUCGAAGUCGUCCUUGAGCAGGUCGGCAUCAACUCAAGCGUCAUGGCCACCUUCAUCAUCAGCUUUUGGUCCCAAUUCUACCUCCGCAAAAAGCGAGCGAAUUGCUUUCGAAAAUACAACUACCUCCUCGCCGCGGCUUUAGACGUGAGUUGCGGUUAGGCAAUCCUCUUCGAGAUUUCAGACUCGUUCAUAGGCGUAUCCUCGGACCCAUCUAAUUUCCUUUCUUUACUCUCAUUAGGGCGGAACGCAACUGAUGGUAUUCGUCUCGACCUUCGCGAUCAACGGUGGAGCGGGCAAGCAAUACACCUUCCCCCAAUGGGCUCUGAACCCACCGGGUCACUACGACUGUAAGGUCCCGUUCCGGAGCAAGUUGUCUACCUCGUCUCAUUCAGCUGAUCACUGCUGGCAUGCGGCCCGGGGUAUUUGUCAGACUGCGCUUCGAGUGCGACGACCGACGGUUAG